AUGCUAAAUUCCAAACUAGCUAGAGUCGGAGCUUCGAUCGCUAAACACCUCUGCACGAGUACUUCUACUUGGAAUUGUACAUCCUUGUGUGGAACAGGAUAUAUUCGGAAAGCAAAAUAUCAUUACUUGCAACCUCCGUUUCAACAGCAUUCAUUUACUAAGUUAUACAAGGCAGCCAUGAUGGGAAAUCAUAAUUUCCUUUCAACAAUGACUACUAACAACACUGAGGAAGGGAGCGAACAAAAUGAAACGAUAUCUGUAACUUUUAUUGACAAGGACGGUGAAGAAAACCAUAUCAAAGUCCCCGUUGGAAUGUCUAUGUUAGAAGCUGCUCAUGAAAAUGACAUUGAUCUAGAAGGAGCAUGCGAGGGCUCGCUUGCGUGUUCAACCUGCCAUGUUAUAGUCAUGGACGUAGAACAUUACAAUAAAUUGGAAGAUCCAACUGAUGAGGAAAAUGACAUGUUAGAUCUAGCUUUCGGGCUUACUGAAACAUCACGUCUGGGUUGCCAAGUUAUUGCAAAACCAGAACUUGAUGGAAUUCGGUUAGCCAUACCUGCUGCUACUCGGAACUUCGCCGUUGAUGGUUAUGUGCCCAAACCACAUUAG